UCUAUGACUUCUUUAAUUUCCGCCCGGCAUUAACGGAGACGCAUCGUCAUUCUGUCGUGCUUUUCUAUAGAUAGGUUGGUGAAUCAAAGGAAGUUACAAAAAUGAGCUUGCCCCGAGUUUUCCUGGAUGUGGCUGUCGAUGGUGCACCCUUGGGAAGAAUCGUUGUUGAGUUAAGAUCGGAUGUCACUCCCAAGACAUGUGAAAACUUCCGUGCGCUCUGCACAGGUGAAAAGGGCUUUGGCUACCGAGGCUCCACCUUCCACCGUGUCAUCCCCAACUUCAUGUUGCAAGGGGGUGACUUCACCAACCACAACGGCACCGGUGGAAAGUCCAUCUAUGGUGAGAAGUUCGCUGAUGAGAACUUCAUCCUCAAGCACACCGGACCUGGUGCUCUGUCUAUGGCAAACGCUGGCCCCAACACUAAUGGCUCUCAAUUCUUUAUCACCACGGUGAAGACCUCCUGGCUGGACGGCAGACACGUAGUCUUUGGCAAUGUAGUGGAGGGCAUGGAUGUAGUCAAGCAAGUGGAAGCUAUGGGCUCUCAGUCUGGUAAACCAUCCAAGAAGGUCAUCAUUGCGGAUUGUGGCCAGCUUUCUUAAGAUAAUACUGUAAUAUUUAUAAAAUAAAAUGCGAUAUUUUAAGUUAAAUGUAAUGUCCUCCCAAAAUGAACCUUCCCAGUCAGUAUGUAUCUGUAUAAAAUUUGAGGUCAUUCCAAUAUGUUAAAAAAAAUUAAGUAUGAUCUAGAGUUGCGACUAAAAUUUGCAUUUACUUCUGUGCAUUGUUUAUUCAUAAUAAAUUAACUUAUAUAACUA